AUGACUCUACCUGAACAAUCUGUCUACGUAAUCGUCCCAGCGUCAGGACCCUCAAUUGAAAGCGACCGACUCCUUCUUCGGCCAGUUACCGACGCCGAUGCCGCCGCACUUUUCGCCAUUCGUUCCCGCCCCGAAGUGGCAGAAAUGAAGUACAAAUAUCACCUAUUGAGGAAUAUUCACCAUGCUAACUAUAUCAGCUUUCCCAAAACGCCAUUCAAAUCAAUUGAAGAAACCCGUGAAUGGAUGGCAACAAAGAUAUUCACAAGUGGUCCAUCCGAUAUCAUCGGUCGUUCAUUUAAUUAUGCCAUUGUCGCCAAGUCAAUCCCGGAAACAGAGGAGCGAGUCGUUGGAUCUCUCAGUUUCAACCAGGUAGACCCUUACCCUGAGAUUGGAUACGCAGUGCAUCCAUCUUGUUGGGGCAAAGGGUACGCAACAGAGGCCUUGCAAUUGAUGUUGAAGAUGUGGUGGAACCUCGCGCGUCGAACAGUUGACGGUGAAGAUGCUUGUCCAGCAGAGGUUGAGAAGGCCUUUGCUCUUUGCGAAAAGAGGAAUGCCGGGAGUCGCCGUGUACUAGAAAAGUGUGGGUUCAAGAUCGUGGGUGAUUUCCAAGAAGAGGGAGAUGACCUUUUUGUUUUUGCGUUAGAACGGCCGUGA